AUGGCUUUCAGGGAUGUGAAUGCAAGGCGACACAUUGGACUUCAGCAACUCUCUUCCUUAGCCUUAGCUGGAAGAACAUUACUGGGGCCAGUGAAAUCAUGUAAAUUCAUUGUGGAUGAAAGCACCAACCAAAGCACAUUGAUUUGUUCUGCUGUUAGACUGAUUGAAAGUUUGGACUUAACUAGUGCUGCUGGACAGCUUCUUAAUGAAACCAUUCAUGCACAAAACAAGGAGUUUAAGACUGGGAUGAGUACCCUGUUGUUUCUCGUUGGUGCAUGGAGCAAUGCCAUAAUGGAAUGCCUCCAGCAGAAUGUUCCAGUUUCAGCAAUAGUAUCUGUGAUGUCCGAGGGGUUGAACUCUUGCUGUGAGGAAGUCCAGUGUCUUCAAAUAUCAAUACACGAUCACCUGGUUUUGCCUUUGGCUGGCUUUGGUUCAGUGGCUUCUCUUGUCAAACCAGUGGGUGACAGGAGUACAUCUGUGAUUUCUAGAAGUGGUGUUACCACAUCCAGCGGUAACAAACAAAAGCUAACCCAUAGCAGGUACUUCAGCACUCUAGGAAAAAGCCAUUUUUCAAGUCAGCAAGGUAAUUUUCAGGGAUACCUUCUGGGACCAUCAGCAGAUUCAUGUGAAUGUCAUGGUUUAGGACACCUGGCAAUGGCUCUGAGCCAUGGAAAUGAGACUAGCAUGAAACCGCUACAAAGCAUUCUUACAUAUCAGCAAGAGAGAGCAGAACACAGUGGCUCUUCCCAGUUUAACGUUGCAGGAAUUGUGACAUGCUGCUUACCGGGCCUGCCUGAAAGCUAUUCUUGUGCCUCCCCAGGCUUUGUCACAUUGGUAUCACCAGAACAAGUCACAGUUAUCAAACACUUGGAAGACAAACUCCUUCGGAUUCUGCUAAUAGAUGGUGACCUAACUGAGCAAUAUCGUCACUUAGGUUUUAACAGAUCGUGUAAUGUGAGGACCAUAGUGGAGCAUCCUAACCUCCAGGAAGAAGACCUGUGGCUAAGCAGUGUGUUAGAUAAUCUGAUAAACUUUGAAGUAAACCUGGUUUUGGUCAAAGGAAAUGUGUGUGAAAACUUAAUGGAAAGAUGCAUAGCAAAUAGUAUAUUGUUAGUUAGUUCUGUGACUUGGAAUGUGUUGUGUUCCUUUGGGGAGGUCACUGGUGCCCAGCCAGUGACAUACCUCACCCAGCUGAAUCCUUCUUGUGUGGGGAGUGGGGCCCAAGUGGAGUUGUGGAAGGCCCACGAUGGGCGUGCAGUGGAUCUGGGUGAACUUGUACCAGUCAGAAUAAAAGCACGAGGAAUUCCUCUGCUCACAGCCGUGCUUACCACUACUAUAGCUUCAAAGAUGCAGCUCCUUGAAGACCAGUUCUGGACUUUAGUGUAUCGACUCCAUCAUGCUUUAAAUGACAAGAAGGUUUUUCUUGGUGGUGGUGCAGUGGAGCUUUUGUGCCUCAGUCACAUUCAGAUGCUUGCCCAACAGCCUUUACAGCCAGCAAAUCAAAAUGCUGUGAAAGAGUUUCACAGUCCUUGGCUGGCAGCAUCUGCAACUGAAUAUAAAUCAAUUGUGCUCCAAGCAUUAGCAAGCGGCUGGAAGCAGUAUCUUUUGGUGGUUAUGUGUAACACCACCGCUGCAUCGGAGUUGGAAGCGUGCACCUCAGUCGAUCAUCACCUCAGAAAAGCAGCUGACUGUGGCUCUCCUUCAGCAUAUAUAUUGAAAGAGUUUAGAAGAGGUGAUCUGCUCAGGGAUGGUGCUGGUCCCUUCGCUGGCCACGGGGAGGGUUUAAAGGUUUAUGAUAAUGUUACAGCCAAGACAGAGGCAUGGCGGAGAGCUCUAGAUUUGGUGCUACUAGUGCUUCAAACAGAUGCUGAAAUUAUCACAGGUCCUAGAAAGAAUCAGCUGUUGAACUCGCAUGUCUCAGGUGAAUUUAUGUUUUUAUAG